AUGAAUUGGAAAUAAUCAAAAUCAUUUUUUGAUGAUUAGAAAUCUGAUUAAAAAUUUUGGAAAAAACAAGUAUAAUGUAUUGACGAGAAAAAAAUUGAAUUCCAAUGUUUGCUUUUUAAAAAAAAUUGGAAAACUGGAUUUUGGUUAAGCAAAAAUUAUGUGAUAUACGAAUCACAUCUAAUAAAAAUAAAGGUAUCGAAAUGGUGCUAUAUUAGCCAUAAUCAAAGCAAUGUCACAUUGUUAAUCUCAAUUUGUCCAGAAUAUAAAAGGUAAAAUAUGAGAAUAAGCUAGAAAAAGAAAUAUUUAAUAAAGUAUGUGGUUUUAUUAAUUGCUAGGAAAAAUAUGGGUUUAGAGUGAUAAGAAAUAAUCAAUGUCGAGAAUUCUAUAGUAGAUCAAAGGAAUUAAAUAUGUAAUUAUGGAAUUAAUUACGAAAAGAAGCAUUUCUUUCUUCAUUCACAGAGCAUUAUGAACUUGAUAAGGUUAUUGGAAAAGGGAACUUUGCUAAGGUUUAUUAAAGUGUGAACAAAGAAAAUCAAAAACUAUAUGCAGUUAAGGUUUUUGAAAAAAACAAAAUGAGAAGUUCUGAGAUUGAUAAAUAAGCUCUUUUGAAAGAAAUAAGUAUUAUGCGUAAACUGAAUCAUAAUGGAGUGAUAAAAUUGCAUGAGGUUUUUGAAGAUGAAAUAAAUAUCUACUUUGUUUUAGAUUAUUUGGAAGGGGGAGAGUUAUAUCACCACAUUUAGAAUAAUCAAACAUUUCCUGAGAAAUUGGUGGCUAGGAUAAUAGCAACAGUUUUGAAUACAUUGGAUUACUUAUAAAAACUUAAUAUUUUACAUAGAGAUCUUAAGCCAGAAAAUAUGAUUUUGAGGAAUAAAGGAAUAUUGGAUGAUAUUGUGAUUACAGAUUUUGGUUUGGCAGAUUAUUAUUCAAUGAAAGGCAAUUACCUAUUUACCAGAUGUGGAACUCCUGGAUAUGUAGCACCAGAAGUAUUGCAUGAUGAAGCCUAUGAUUUUAAAAUAGAUAUUUUUAGUGUUGGAUGUUUAAUGUUUGUACUCUUGGCAGGUAGGUCACCAUUCAAAGGGUAGAAGUAUGAUGAUAUUGUAAUGAAAAAUUAUCAUUGUUAAGUUGAUUAUAAGUCAAUUGAAAAUUCGAUUUCUACUGAUGGAUAAUCCUUAUUGAAAUAGCUCCUGCACCAAAAUUCCUAAUUUAGACCGAGUGCUCGUUUGGCUUUGAGACAUAAAUGGUUUGAAUUGAAUCUGAGUUAAAGUCGAUACAAUGAAUUAAAUUAUAAUCCAUUAGAUCCAAAAAAUUCAACAAUGAAAUCUAGUUUAUGCGAUACACGAUUUUAGAGUUUAAAUCAAAAUUGUAAAUAAUCAGAAGGGCCAAGAAAAAAUUAAGAAAAUAAACAAGUACUUACGUUAAUUAAAUUAAGCAAAUAAAAGAUUAGGUCUAUAUUUAUUCUUUAAUGGAUUUGAAUAACAGUGAAAAUGAUAUUGUUGAUGAUGAAGAUGAGCGUCCAUAAUCUCAGUUUUUGCCACAGUAUCAAAUAAUUAGCAAAUUUAAAUAAAUAUUAGAUAACUAAAAGUAUUCUCAGUUUAAUUCGACUAAGUUAUAUGUAAAUUUAUAACAAUAAUUAGGAAACAACUGGAAAUACUUCAAUAUAGUUUGUAGAGGAUAAUUUGAAGGAAAACUAUUAGAUUAAAAAUUUAAAGUCAUCUCUAAUUUGA